AUGAACGCCGCGGACCAUGGCCCCGAACAAGGGGUUUCGGAAACGGCACCCCUUUUGGGGCCGGGCGCGCGACACGACAAUAGCGACGAGCGACCACACACCGCCAAGAAGACCGCGAGAAACCUCCUGCUUCUGAUUGCCGUUGUAAUAGUGGCGGUAGACUUUGGGAGCUACCUCUCUUAUGCCCCAGAGAUCGAGAUUUUCGAGACAAUAAUCUGCAAGCGGCUCCAUGGUUUCGAAAAAGGGACGAUUGCCGGACAACAUGGCGGAUCAAUUUCUGCCUGCAAAUCGGAUGACGUCCAAGCUGAGCUGGCACUCUUAGUAGGGUGGAUGUCGUUUUGUAACCAGGUGCCGGGAAUCCUCCUGGCCCUCCCGUACGGCUUCGCUGCAGACAGACUCGGCCGAAAGCCAGUCCUGCUUCUGAGCGUGAUCGGCCUCAUCCUGGAAGAGGCGGUUAUCCGAUUCAUCUGCUGGAAGAGCGAUAUAAUACCAAUCCAAGCCAUAUGGGCAACGCCUCUCUUCCAGAUUCUCGGCGGCGGCCCGCAAAUUGCAACAUCCAUGGCCUUCACCAUGAUCUCGGACGUCUUUCCACUAGCGCAACGAUCAUCCGUCUUUUUCCUCCUCUCUGCGGCCAUUCUUCUGGGCGAGAUCCUUGCUACUCCACUGAGCGCUUUUGCAAUGUCUUGGACACCCUGGUUUCCUUUUUUGGCAGGCGUGGUCUUCGAGAUUAUUGGCCUUGUGUCUGCUUUCGCCUUGUGCGAGACGAUGCCAAGUCAACCAGACCGACCAGACCACGACGACGCACCGCACCAGCGGACCCAGACGCGCUCUUCCGGAGAACACAGCAAAUUGUCCACUACUAUAAUGCAAUUCUGGCCCAAUUUCGGAAAGGAUCGUUAG